UUAUCAGGUCGCGAUAUGAUAGGUAUAGCUUUUACAGGCUCUGGUAAAACAUUGGUUUUUGUCUUGCCACUUAUUAUGGUGGCUUUGCAGGAAGAAGUUAUGAUGCCUAUUGCUCCCGGGGAAGGACCAUUUGGCUGGAUUAUCUGUCCGUCUAGAGAGCUGGCUAGACAGACAUAUGAAGUUAUCGAACAAUUUUUAGAACCACUGAGGGAGUAUGGUUACCCUGAAUUGAGGCCUUUGCUGUGUAUUGGUGGAGUUGAUAUGAAGUCCCAAAUUGAUGUUGUAAAGAAGGGAGUUCACAUUGUGGUUGCUACACCUGGAAGACUCAAAGAUAUGUUAGCAAAGAAGAAAAUGAAUCAGGUAUUGUUGGUUUUUUGCAGAUACUUGACACUAGAUGAAGCAGACAGAUUGGUCGAUCUUGGUUUUGAAGAUGAUAUUAGGGAGGUGUUUGAUCAUUUCAAAGCUCAAAGACAAACCCUUUUAUUUUCUGCUACAAUGCCCACGAAGAUCCAGAAUUUUGCAAGAAGUGCAUUAGUUAAACCAAUAACUGUGAAUGUGGGGAGGGCUGGAGCAGCCAACCUUGAUGUGAUUCAGGAAGUGGAAUAUGUAAAGCAGGAAGCCAAGAUUGUUUACCUUCUUGAGUGCUUACAAAAAACUCCACCUCCAGUUCUGGUUUUCUGUGAGAAUAAGGCUGAUGUGGAUGAUAUCCAUGAAUAUCUUCUCUUAAAAAGAGUUGAAGCUGUGGCUAUUCAUGGAGGCAAGGAUCAAGAAGAGAGAAAAUAUGCAAUUGCAUCAUUUAAAUCUGGCAAGAAAGAUGUUCUGGUUGCAACUGAUGUUGCUUCUAAGGGGUUAGAUUUUCCUGAUAUUCAGCAUGUAAUAAACUACGAUAUGCCUGCUGAAAUUGAAAACUACGUGCAUAGGAUUGGACGAACGGGAAGAUGUGGAAAAACAGGAAUUGCCACAACCUUUAUCAACAAGAAUCAGAGCGAGACGACACUUCUUGAUCUAAAACACUUGUUACAAGAAGCAAAACAAAGGAUCCCUCCUGUCCUUGCGGAGCUCAAUGAUCCCAUGGACGACGUUGAGGCAAUCACGAAUGCGAGUGGAGUAAAGGGUUGUGCAUAUUGUGGUGGGCUUGGUCAUCGUAUCCGUGACUGCCCCAAGCUAGAGCACCAAAAGAGCGUGCAGAUUGCCAAUUCAAGGAGAGACUACUUCGGGUCUGGAGGUUACCGUGGAGAAAUUUAGUUCCCGUUCUUAUUUGCACUCUGCAAAAUGUAUCCGCUUUUCCUUCUAGCUUGAUGUUGAUGAUAGUCACUAAUUGGUUUCUCAAUGUAAAAUGUAAAAUUCAUGGUUAAUCUAAAAGUCAUUGUUUCUUGAACGA